CCAAGAUAACUGUAGCCAAGUACAUUGAUGUAUGGGUAGUGACUGGGUAACCAUGGUAACUCUGGUAACCAAGGUAACUGUAGCUAGGUACAUGUAUGUAUGAGUGGUAACUCGGUAACCAUGGUAAUGAAGGUAACUGUAGCUAGUCUCGCUAGCCAGACUCUAAUUUACCGAAUAAGAGUCUGGUGUCACGCCUAAUAUCAACUCGUGUUUUCAAUGUUUUGAUUUGCGUGGGCAGACCUACUGACAUGCCCACUCUUUUUAUGAAUAAACAUUUAAAGCAGCGCGGUCAUGGAAGCAGCAGAGGCAGCAGUGUCUAGUGUGGCAGCUAGUUUCGGAUACCUUUUAAAAGAUAAGCAGUUUGAAGCUAUGACGCAAUUUAUGUCUGGAAAUGAUACCUUUGUUGCUUUGCCAACUGGCUAUGGUAAAAGUAUCAUUUAUGGUUUAUUGCCUCGAGUUUUUGAUUCUCUGAGACCCGGCCCGGGAUGCAUGCAGGAGAUUCUAUUGCUAUAAUAGUUUGUCCACUAAAGGCUCUCAUGAAAGACCAGACCUCACAUUUUAGAGAUAUUGGCAUCGUGCUGCUUUUGGUGGUGAGCCAAACAUCUCUAUGGAUAGAUUUAUCAGAGGGGAAUUCCAGCUCAUUUUUCUCAGUCCCAAGUGCCUGAAUAGAGGAAGAGCAUGGAGAGAAAUACUUAAAAGUAAUAUCUACCAAGAGAGAGUAAUUGCUUUUGUGGUGGAUGAGGCACAUUUAAUUAAGAAUUGGGGUGAUGAUUAUAGGCCAGAGUUUUCUAAGCUAGGAGAAAUAAGAAGUCUUCUUCCGCAGCAAACCAAUGUCAUGGCCUUAACUGCCACUGCAACAACAGUUCUGAGAGACCAUGUCAUUAAAAUCCUUGGUAUGAAGAGAGUCUCCGUAGUGGAAGUAUCUCCAGGAAAGGACAAUCUGUUCUUUUCAAUCAAAGAAUUCAAAUCUAUUGAGGAAAAUUUUAUUCCUCUAAUGAAAGAGCUGAAAGACAAAAAAUUAAGUAUGGAGAGAACUUUUAUUUUCUGUCGCCGUCCAAUAGACUGUGCUGAACUGUGGUCUGCUUUCAUUAGAUUUUUGAAAGAUGAUAUUACUGAACCUCCAGGUCUUCCCCUUAAAAUUCCUGAGGUACGACUUGUAGAUUACUACACUGGAUGUACACAGGAAGCUGUGCGUAAUGUUAUUUUGAGCCAGUUUUCGAAACCAUCUUGCUUAAGGGUAGUAAUAGCUACUGUGGCCUUUGGCCUUGGAGUUGACUGUCCUGAUAUCAGAAGAGUAAUCCACUUUGGAGUUCCUGAAGAUGUGGAAACAUAUGUUCAGCAAGUUGGUCGGGCAGGACGAGAUGGCAAAUUGUCUUCCUGUGUGAUGCUUUAUGGCCCUGGUGUCUAUAGACGGUUUAGUAAUGACCACAUUUUAGCUUAUUGCAAGUCAAAAGACACGUGUCGCAGAGAUUUUUUGUAUUCUAUUACAGGGACUUUUGUCCGAUUUUAG